AUGUCAGUGGGCAAAAAAAGUCAGAAUCGUAGAAAAUCUCAAAAAUGUGAAGUAUACAACAAAUUAUUCACUUAUUCUAAUCAUCUUCAGCAACAUGAAAGAACUCACAGUGGAGAGAAACCCUAUGAAUGUAAACUAUGUAGUAAAACAUUCAGGCAAUCCAGUAGUCUUCAGAAACAUCAAAAAAUUCACAGUGGAGAGAAACCCUAUGAAUGUAAAGUAUGUAGUAAAGCAUUCACGCAAUCCAGUAAUCUUCAGACACAUGAAAGAAUUCACAGUGGAAAGAAACCCUAUGAAUGUAAAGUAUGUAGUAAAGCAUUCAGGCAAUCCAGUAAUCUUCGGACACAUGAAAGAAUUCACAGUGGAGAGAAACCCUAUGAAUGUAAACUAUGCAGUAAAACAUUCAGGCAAUCCAGUAGUCUUCAGAAACAUGAAAGAACUCACAGUGGAGAGAAACCCUAUGAAUGUAAACUAUGUAGUAAAACAUAUGGGCAAUCCAGUCAUCUUCGGAGACAUGAGCUAACUCACAGUGGAGAGAAACCCUAUGAAUGUAAACUAUGUAGUAAAACAUUCAGGCAAUCCAGUAGUCUUCAGAAACAUGAAAGAACUCACAGUGGAGAGAAACCCUAUGAAUGUAAACAGUGUAGUAAAACAUUCAGGCAAUCCAGUCAUCUUUGGACACAUCAAAAAAUUCACAAUGGAGAGAAACCCUAUGAAUGUAAACUAUGUAGUAAAACAUUCAGGCAAUCCAGUAGUCUUGAGAAACAUGAAAUAACUCACAGUGGAGAGAAACCCUAUGAAUGUAAAUAGUGUAGUAAAACUCUCAGUUGUUCCCAGUAAUCUUCAGACACAUGAAAAAGUUCACAGUGGAAAGAAACCCUAUGAAUGUAAACAAUGUAGUAAAACAUUCAGUUGUUCCAGUCAUUUUCAGAGAAAUGAAAGAAUUCUAACUGGAGUGAAACCCCAUGAAUGUAAACAAUGUAGUAAAGCAUUCAUGGGUUAUAGUUCUCUUUAGUUACAUGAAAGAACUUACAGUGGAGAGAAAGAAACCUAUGAAUGUAAACAAUGUAAUCAAACAUUCAUUCAUGCCAGUUUACUUUGGAGACAUGAAAGAUCUCAUAGUGGAGAGAAACCCAAAAACAUGGAUUCUCCCUGUCAUCUUUGUCAACAUAAAAUAACUCACAAUAAAGAGAAAUUUGAUGAAUUCGGGCUGUAGCACAGCGGGUUAAGCGCAGGUGGCGCAAAGCACAAGGACCUGCAUAAGGAUGCCGCUUCGAGCCCCGGAUCCCCACCUGCAGGGGAGUCGCUUCACAGGCGGUGAAGCAGGUCUGCAGGUGUCUCUUUCUCUCCUCCUCUCUGCCUUCCCCUCCUCUCUCCAUUUCUCUCUGUCCUAUCCAACAACGACGACAACAACAAUAAUAACUACAACAAUAAAACAACAAGGGCAACAAAAGGGAAUAAAUAAAAUAAAAAUUAAAAAAAAAU